CAUGAAGUCAUUCUCUUCCAACCAAGACAUCUGGGCUGACGAAGACCAGCUUUUAUCUGAAGAUGAGUGUUCUCCACAGAUUCCUAAAACUACCAAGCAGUUUUGAAAUACUCUGAAGAGCAAUAAAGGGAAGGCUAACAAAGCUGACUUCGAAGUAGAACAAGAAAGUCUAUCUAAUAUUGAUUGACCACGUGAAGCAGGGAAAUAUACACUCCGUUCUGUUUCCUGUGUUCCUAAAUCUCAGUUUAAAAUCAGCAAUACCAGAUACGCAAAGCUGAAAUCCCAAAAUUAUGGUUGAACUCUCUCGUUCUCUCCAGCAAAGGUGCAGUCAAAGCUACUAAGGAGGAUCCCUUCGAGUGACAUCCUUAAGAGCUUGAGAGGAUAGUUUUGGCAAAUGUUCAAGCUUGAACUUAGUCAACUAAUAUUAUCUAAAUUGCUUUUAAAC